CCAAUCUUGUUGCUUUCAAUGGAUGGGAGCAGGACCAAACUGUGCCUGCUUUUGGCAGUAGUAUACUUAACAACACAAGAUGCAGAUUCAAAAGAACUUAUAAUCAGGAGACAUUUGAACCCUGAAGGAUUUAUGAAUGUUAAUGAAAUUCUCCAUUACUGGGGAUAUCCCAGUGAAGAGUAUGAAAUCUUGACAAAAGAUGGUUAUUACCUGAAGGCAUACAGAAUUCCUCAUGGGAUACACAGUCCUGUAAAGACAGGACCAAAGCCAGUUGCACUACUAUUAUGCGGUCUGGUGAUUGAAACCAGAGAAUAUAUUUCCAGUCUUCCCAACAAUAGCUUGGGAUUUGCUCUAGCAGAUGCUGGCUAUGAUGUCUGGAUGUUAAACAACAGAGGGACCACAUGGUCUCGAAAGCAUCAGAACCUGACGAUUGAUCAAGAAGAAUUCUGGAAUUUCAGUUUUCAUGAAAUGGCAAUUUAUGAUGUUCCAGCAACCAUAAACUUUAUCCUUCAGAAGACUCAACAAGAAGCAUUAUAUGUUGUUGGUCAUUCCCAGGGAUGUUCACUGGGUUUAAUUACAUUUUCAGUCCUGCCACAGAUGGCCCAAAAAAUCAAGAUCCUCUUUUGCUUUGCCCCUAGCUACACACUGGUGGGCAUCAAGGGGAUUACUGCCAUACUAUUGAAUCUUCCUGAAAGACUCAUAAAAUCUAUAUGGGGCACUAAAGAAUUCAGUGUUGCUAACAACAAACAGAAACGCUCGCAUGCCAAAUUGUGCAGCUAUCCCGUUAUAGACAAGCUUUGCCUCCAAGCCUUUUUCAUUGGUGCAGGAUUUAAUAUGAAAAACCUAAAUGCGAGUCGGGCAGAUGUGUAUGUUGGAAUCUAUCCUGAUUAUACUUCUGUAAAAACAAUGAUCCAUUGGAGUCAGGUUGUCAAGUCAAACGAAUUUAAAUAUUUUGACUAUGGAGCAAAAAACAAAGCAAUAUACAACAUGACCUCACCACCAUUUUAUAAAAUAGAAGAUAUGACUGUGCCAACAGCUGUGUGGAGUGGUGGGAAUGACAUAAUUGAACGCCAAACAGAUGUUGAAAGUUUGCUUCCUCGAAUCUCUAAUUUAGUUUUCUAUAAAAAUAUUCCCAGUUGGCAACAUCUAGAUUUUAUCUGGGGCAUUGAUGCUCCAGAAUGUUUAUACAGUGAUGUGCUUGAUCUGAUGCAGAAGUUUAAAUAA